AAAUCUGGCAAAUAUGUGUAGCGCAGGAGCCUGGAGAAACUGCUGUCAAAUCUGCCUUGUGCUCAUCAACAGCUGCCUCGUGAUGGGCAUUUUUCCCAUUUAUCUGCCCUGUGAUGGCAACGUGAGCUCUGCCAAUGUAGAUUGCAGCAAACGGGAUUUGACCUCAGUGCCAAAAAUUAAGUCAGCAAAUAUCACCAACCUGUUUCUGAACAACAAUCACCUGGAAUUGAUAGAACUCGAUGCCUUUUCCGGGCUCCCGUCACUGGAGAAUUUGGAUUUGAGCAUGAACUGUUUGCCCGGGAAAAUGCGACCUCCAGGGCUGGAUUGCCAAGUGACCAUACAGCCCGGAGCUUUCGUUCGUCUCCACCAUUUAACGUCCUUAAAUCUAGCAGGGAACAGCUUGACAAUCAUACCAGGCCUGCCCACCUCCCUCCAAAUCUUAAACUUCGAGCUGAACAAUGUUGCUAAACUGCAAUUCGAUAAUGUCUCCAAUAUCGCCAACCUGCUCCAUUUUUACAUUGGAAAGAACUGUUUCUACAAGAACCCAUGCAAUGUUUCCUUCACGAUUGAGGGAGAUACAUUCCAAAACAUGAUUAAACUGCAGACCCUUGACCUGAAGUUCAACAACAUAACCACUGUGCCCAAGGCUCUUCCCAGAGACUUAAAAAUGUUGGAUCUCUCCGAGAACAAGAUCCCCAGUAUCUCCGCAGAGGACUUCAGAAAUCUCACUCAAUUGGAAUAUCUCCUGCUGGCUUGGAACUGCCAGAGAUGUGACCAUGCAGCUCAGCCCUGCUUCCCUUGUAAGGACAACAAGUCCAUCGAGCUAUCUCAUGACGCCUUCCUCCAUCAACACCAACUGCGAACAUUGGUGCUCAGGGGUAACUCUCUCAAUCACAUUGAGGACAAGAUAUUCGAAUCACUGGAGAACCUCACAGUCCUGGAUCUGUCCGAUAACUUCCUUGCUAAUGAAAUCCAGAAUGCCACCUUCUACCAGGCCCUCCCCAAACUCCAAGUGCUCAAUGUAAUGUAUAAUUAUCAGCCAAACAAAACCUUUCCGACCCUGUCCCUCCCGCCCUCCUUUCGAAACCUGAGAUCGUUGACCACAUUUCUUAUCGACGGGUUUUUCUUCAAGAACAUGAAUAAGACUGACUUGUCACCGUUGCUGAGUCUCCCCAACCUGCAGGUCGUGAACUUCCGAAUGAACUUCAUCCAGCACAUAAGCAUGAAACUCUUUGCCAAUAAUACGUCACUGAGAUACAUUGGCAUGUCUCAAAACAAAAUUUCCUUUUCCCAGCGAUAUUGCUGCCCUAAUGGUCCUGGGGAUAAAAGUUUUUCCAUCGCGUCAACAGCCAGUGAUCGACAGCACAUUAUCGAGAGAAGUUCUGAGGAGCCGCAGUUCAGCAAAUCUCACCAACAUUUCUGUGACCCCAAAUCAGAUAAAGUCUUUGACCUGUCGUCAAACAACAUUGCAGAUAUUCAGCAAGAGGAUUUUGUGGGAUUGGAACAUAUAGAGUGUCUCCUUCUGUCCUGUAAUUACAUGACCCAGUCACUGAACGGGAAACAGUUCACCCACCUCAAGAAUUUAAAGCGACUCGACCUCUCCCACAACAGGAUUGAUUUCUACUAUAAAGAGGCAUUCACUGAGAUACCCAAGUUGGAAGUUUUAGAUCUCAGCUACAACAGUUACACAUUUCAAAUGAAAGGCAUGGGCCACCGUUUCAUGUUCAUCAAUAAUCUCAAAAACCUUAGGGUCCUGAACCUUGCGCACAAUCGAAUAGGUCAGCGAGUGACAAAAGAAUUAUACAGCAAAUCUUUAAACACGUUGCAUUUCAAUGGCAACUCACUCAACAUCAUGUGGAAAAGUGGAGAGAACACCUACCUGAACUUUUUCUCCAACCUGUACAACUUGACCAUGCUGGACAUUUCCAACAACAAGCUUCUGACUGUGCCCCGGGAGGCCAUGCUCCAGCUUCCCAAAAGCCUGAGACAGCUUUACAUCAAAAACAACAAGAUCAACUUUUUCCCCUGGGACAGCCUGAGCAAUCUGACCGCCCUGGAAAUGCUUGACCUGAGCUCCAAUUAUCUCAAACAGCUGCCAAAGAGAGCAUAUUACUUUCCCCAAACGUUUCACCAACUUAUUCUCCGUAAAAAUAAAAUCCGCAAGCUGAACAGUGACUUCUUUUCAAAGGUGGUGGGUCUGACCCACCUGGAUUUGAGCCACAACUUCAUCAAGCUCUUAGACGCAGACAGCUUCCCCCCUCAGCUACUGAGGAGACUGAGCAUCCUCAACCUAAGCCAAAAUCCCUUCAGAUGUACUUGCGAUUCCGACUGGUUCAUUCGCUUCAUAAGAGAUACCAAAGUAACCCUGGCGUAUCUUACCACAGAUUGGAAAUGUGGCUUUCCAGAGUCUGAACAAGGGAAAAGCAUCCUGCUGACAGAUCCUCUUUCCUGCCAGAAAAUCUACGGUAGCGUAGGGUUCAUCUUGUCUUUUCUGGUGACAGUCGUCUUCACGCUCCUGCCCAUCUUACAGAAACUCUUUGGCUGGGAUUUCUGGUACACAUUCCAUGUCAUUGCUGCCAAAGUGCAAGGCAGCAAAACAACCCCUUCCGGCACCCUGCAGUACGACGCCUUUAUAGUUUUUGACACUGCUCAUGAGGCGGUGGCUGAUUGGGUCUAUCACGAACUCGUGGUCAACCUUGAGAAGAGAGGUCCACUCAGUUCCAAGCUCUGCCUUGAGGAGAGAGACUGGAUCCCAGGAAAGACAUCAAUAGAAAACCUUUACGAUGCCAUCUACAAAAGCAGGAAAACGGUCUUCAUCCUGACAAAUGGCCAUUUUGUAAGUGGGAUGUUGAGGCAGGCAUUCUUCAUUGCUCACCAGCGCCUCCUGGAUGAGAAGACGGACGUCAUCGUCUUGGUCCUGCUGGAUGGGUCCCUGAAGGAGUCAAAGUAUCUUCAGCUACGGAAGAAACUGUGCAGGGCCUCUGUGCUCAAAUGGCCAAAGAACCCUCAUGCUGAGCACUAUUUCUGGUACAAACUGCAGAGAAUAUUGGCGAGAGACAAUCGCUUACAGUACGAUCAGAACUUUAGUGGAGGUUUCUUACCCUAUGAAAGUUUGCAAUACACAUCCUGGCAAUAGAGCUGCAGAGGUCGCCAUGAAUGUCGAUUCCUCCAGAUGUGUCAAGGAUGUAGGGCUUAUCUCACCAGAGUCAGAGUCGCCUGACUCAGUUGGUAGCACUCUUACCUCUGAGUCAGAGGACAGUAGGUUUGAGCACUAUAUUGGGAUUUUGAACUCAUAAAAUCUAAGAUGACAUGCCAAAGCAGCUCUGGGAGGAGAUUGCAAUGUCGGAGGGCUGUCCUGUGGAUAAAAUGUUAAACCAAGAUCCCGUCUGUCU